ACUCGUCAGUGUGGCAGGCAGUUAAAGGGGACAACGGGCUCCGUCUGGGGCGAGAGGAGUCCGCCAAAACCGGGAAUUAAACCGGCCGAAGCCUCGGCCCUUGUCCUGUUGGAGUUCUCAGCGCUCUUGGCCGCAGGCUUUGGCUCCCUAAAUCUGUGCGAUGGACCAGCUAUCUGACGAGGAGGUGGAGGUCAGAGAGGAGGAGGAAGAGGAGGACAGUGAUAAGGAGGAUCAGGAUCUGGAUAAGAUGUUUGGAGCCUGGCUGGGAGAACUGGAUAAACUCACGCAGAGCUUGGAUGAUGGCCGCCCGGAACGCCCCCCUCAAAGGAAGGCACCCCUCAGACAGGAGACCAACAUGGCCAACUUCUCCUACAGAUUCUCCAUCUACAACAUCAACGAGGCAUUGAAUCAGGGGGAAAAUGUCGAUCUGGACGCCCUCAUGGCAGACCUCAGCUCCAUUGAGCAGGAGCUCAGCACCGUCAGCCCCAAACAGAACAGCAGUAUGGCACGUCUAGGACUCACUGAUACCAAGGUCCGUCAGAAGCCUCCAGCAGGGCGCAGUAGCAGACAGCAAUCAGCGGGGAGCAGCGGCGACAGUGGCGGGGGUAACAAUGUCGGUGGCGGCGGUGGUGGUAGCAGCGGGGCGAGCAGCAGCAGCAGUAGCACCAGAGCCUCGCCGGCCAGCACCAUCAGGGUUUCCCCUGGGCAACAAGGGAGGCCGGCGCUGGCGUCUAACUUCAGCCUGGAUGACAUCACGGCCCAGCUUGAGAAGGCGUCAAUGAGCAUGGACGAAGCCGCCCGUCAGAGCUCCUCCCACUCGCUCGGCUCGACCUCCACCACGUCGGCCUCAGCGCGGGGACCGGUGUGCGGUCAGCGGCAGCAUCGCCGCACAGGAUCGGUCGGCACAGUCAGUGAGCAUGAGGUGCGAUCUGUCGUCCACUCUUCACGCUCCUCCAUCACAUCAGCUUCAGGAACGUCUGUCAACUCUGCCUCCUCAAUGGACUCCCUGGACAACGUUCUCAAUGCCAGCAACUCUGACGGCCAUCCCGCUUUAGCCCCACAUCCAGCCAAUGGCGCCGGCCAGAGGGAUAGUACAGAGCACUCCUAUCUGGACAGGGAAACCUCUCUGAUUCUGAGAAACAUAGCAGGGAAACCUUCACACCUGCUGACCAAGGAGGAGCAGGCUGCCAAGCUGAAGGCGGACAAUAUCAGAGUUGCUCUGGAGAAGAUAAAGGAGGCCCAGGUGAAAAAGUUGGUGAUUCGCGUUCAUUUGUCGGACGAGAGCUCAAAGACCAUGAUGGUGGACGAGAGGCAAACCGCCAGACAGGUUCUGGACAGUUUGCUGGAGAAGUCCCACUGUGGCUACAGUCCUGACUGGUCGCUGGUGGAAACCAUCAAUGAACUGCAAAUGGAACGCAUAUUUGAGGAUCAUGAGAACCUGGUGGAGAACCUGCUGAACUGGACCAGAGACAGCCAGAACCGCCUCAUGUUCACUGAACGCAUUGAGAAGUAUGCGGUGUUCAAGAACCCACAGAAUUAUUUGUUGGGGCGAAAGGAGACGUGUGAGAUGGCUGAGCGGAACAAAGAGGCUCUGUUAGAGGAGUGUUUCGGCGGCAGCACGGUGUCUGUCCCAGAGAUGGAGGGUGUGCUGUGGCUGAAAGAGGAUGGAAAAAAGUCCUGGAAGAAACGCUACUUCCUGCUGAGAGCCUCUGGUAUCUACUACGUCCCCAAAGGCAAAGCCAAGGCGUCCAGAGACCUGGUUUGUUUUCUGCAACUGGACCACGUGAACGUUUACCACGGCCAAGAUUACAAGAGCAAGUACAAGGCUCCUACCGACUUCUGUAUGGUGCUCAAGCACCCUCAAAUCCAGAAGAAGUCUCAGUACAUCAAGUAUCUCUGCUGCGAUGACGUCAGGACACUCCAGCAAUGGGUCAACAGUAUUCGCAUCGCCAAGUAUGGCAAGCAGCUUUACAUCAACUUUCAGGAGGCCAUGAGGAGGACAGAGGCCGCCUACGACUGGUCUUCGCUAUCCUCCUCCUCCAUCAAGUCAGGCUCUUCCUCCUCCAGUCUUCCAGAGUCUCAGUCCAACAGCUCCAGCCAAUCAGACAGUGGUGUGUCAGAGAUGACAUCAUCAGGCCACGCCCGCUCCCAGAGUGUUGUCAGCUCCAUCUUUUCUGAUGCAUGGAGGAGGGGAACGCAGGGAGAGAUGAUGAAGAUGGAUGCCAUCAGUAGGCCCAUCCCCUUGCAGAUCCCCACAGUCUCCUCCCAGCACCUCCCACUUUCCCAGUCUCAAACACCACCCUCCCGAAGCAGCUACACCGACGGGAUGGUUCCGUCCGACGAUUCCUCGCCUCUGCCCAGUGUGGAAAGCGAGUCCCACCAGGCGGCCCCCGCAGCCGCUUAUGUCAAGUACAGCACCCUGGCUCGCCUGCAGAACCCGAGCCAAUCCAGAGCACAGCCAGACGGAGCCGCCCAGCUGCCCAACUACAACACACUCCCGGCUGCUUACGGUGUCACCUCCGCAUCACCGCCCUCUCCCCCACCGCCUCCUCCACACGCGACACCAGUUCCUGGCUCCGCUGUGGCCAUGCUGAAAUUCGGUCUACCCAGUCCCUCGGCUCUGACUCCUCCACCAUUAGAGGAUGAGGUGCAUGAACCCUUGUACCUACCACCUCCACCACCUGAGAUCCUGGAAACCAACGAAUUGCCUCCGCCCCUAGACUCCACACUGGAUCACCACGCUCAGCUCUCCAACGCUGGCCUCCAGCAGUUCCUGGCACAAAAGUUCCCCAACAUGGUGUAUGACUUUACCCCAGCUGUGUGUGAGGAAUCUUCUCCACCUCCACCUCUAGCUGAGUUCUCUCCCCCUGCAUCCCUUCGGCCCCUGUCUCCCAAUGCCCCGCCUCCAGCACCACCCAAAACCUUCACUGGUGGAUUUCCUCCCCAAACUGCACGAAAACCUGCAGGUCCCUCCUCCCUCCCACUUGCGCUAUCCCCGUUGUCGCCCACACCACCCCCUAGUGGCCACAGACCUGUAAAGAAGCAGCAGAGUUUCUCGACAGGCCACUCCCCCAAUCAGCCACCCCCCACCCUCCCCAAGCAGCACAGCCUCUCAUCCAAAAACCUCGUCCUCUCCCCUUCCUCCUCCUCUUCCUCUGUCUCCAUGGCAACCUCCUCAUUGGUCAAGCAGAUUGUCAAUCAGUUCCCAGGAAACACUGCUCCCUCCCCUCUUUCCUCCUCAAGCUCCAUGGAAGGAUCAAAGUUCAGUGCUCCUCAGUCUCCCCCGGCAGUCAAGGUGAAGCCAAAAUGGCAGCCAGGUGGCGCUGUGGCUCCACAGUCCCCAGAGUUCCCCCCCCCUCCUCCUGACGGCUCGCUCGCGGAAUUCCCCCCUCCACCUUCCUCGACGUCGUCGACCGGGUCCAGCAAGCGGGGCCCUCCGCCGACCCCACAGAGAGCCUCCUCCGUGCGCUCCAACUCAAACGAGCCUCCGGACGACAGGCCCAAGAAAGUGGAGAGCCUGCUCAGCAAGUUCGGACAAGCCCCUCAAACCGGUACAUCCUCCAGCUCCUCGUCAGCGACCGGCUCGCCUUCGAAGGACUCCUCAGCGCUUCCGACCCCGCUUCCCAAGCCGGGCAAGCUGAAUUUGGCCAACCUCCCCCUGGCGCUCCAGGGGCUCCAAACAAGCCAGCACCACCAGUCCUCUUCAGACUUCCCUUCGCCUCCACCCCCUCCACCACUCUCCCAACCUCAACACCUGGAGUCAUCCCCGGACUACUUCCCGCCCCCGCCAAGUGACUCUGAGCUCUUCCCUCCUCCGCCCCACCCGUCCGAGUUCCAUCACCCGCCAAAGGUGGCCGUGGUCAACCCCCAGCCUCAGAAGCAGCAACUGCCUGCGCCGCUGUCUUCGUGGAAGCAAGGCUCCCUGAAAAAGGGAGCGGCGACGCCACCGACGCUAAACCGGCGGGCCAGCAACACCGGCCCCUACGACACGACGACCUCACUGCCGCUGUCGCCGCCGCCCCUCUCUCAGACCCCACCACUCACCCUGUCUUCCUACUCCUCUUCUCCCGUGCCCCCCACAUCACCCAAAUCCCCCGGACCGAGCACCCUGACCCUUAAGACUCACUUCCUGGAGGACCUGAACCGCACCCUAAAGAGGAAGUCAGUUUCCCGACACGGCUCACUCACCUCCUCCCACCUCAUCCCUUCCUCCAAGAUGGAACCCGUGGCCACCAUGGACGACAUGGCCCUCCUCCCGCCUCCGCCACCCGAACUCCUGCAGCAGCAGCAGGUGGCCCGUGGGCACACGCAAACGCUGUCUCGCCACCACGCACACUCGCAGUCUGCCAAACACAGCGCCAACAUCUCAGGCUAUGCAACGCUGCGGCGAGGACCGCCUCCCGCACCCCCAAAACGGGACCAAAGCACCAAACUGACCGGCGAGUGGUAGAGUACAAACAAAGACUUUGGAACUAUUUAUCAAGUCCCUGCGGUGGAAUCAUCUUCCAUCUUGAGUUGUGCGACUUUUCUUUAAUCCUCACGUUGCAGUCAGAACUAAAUCCAAAGUUGUGAUUUCAUCGGUUCAAUCAAAUCAAACGUGUGAAAGGAAGAAGGCGGGUCACUUCUGACUGGAACCUAAUGGACAAAAACAGGAAGCAAAUUUGGUUCUGACUGCUAUUGACUUGACUUAAUACUCAUUAUCAUUAAAGUUAUUAUUAGUCUCAUUACCAGUAUAUGUUUAAGCUAUUCAGUCAAGAAACACCGUAUAUAAACACAGUAUGUCUGUACUGUAUAUGUUUGUGUAUACUGGCAAACCCCUAAAAGAACAAGCUUUUUUCACAUCUGAGCAGCUUACAUUAAAAAUAGUAAAAAUUGUACCAUUCGAGAGGUUUUGCUGGGGGAAGAAACAAAGCUGGUACCCAAUGGACCCGCAGCAAUGAUGAAGGAUGUUUUUUUUAUGUUUAUAGUUAAUGUAUGUUGUGGAUUGGGAGGAGGGUGAGGGCCUUUAAGUUCAAACCUUGUGUGUUUUUAUAUAAGAUUAUUUAAUACUGGAAAGAUGUUACCAUAUAAUUAUUUGAAGUUUUAAAAGAGGUGUCAAAAUUGUUAUUCAGCUUGCUUAAACUGUCUGUUCAAAUGACUUGUAAUUUCAUACUUUCUCCACACUAUCAUAUAUGACCAAAUGUUCACUCGCUAUACGAUACGCGAUACACUGUCAACAUUGCAGCGAGUGACACUCCAAAGAAGCUGACCAGAAUACACUGUGCUGUCAGAUUUGGGCCGCUUAACAUAAACGUCAAUAUAUCGAGACCCAGUUCUUAGCAUAAUCCAUAUGACAUAACUGCCAAAAAAAAUAAUACAACCUCCUCACUACAAUAAACCAAUCACAUGAGG